GUCGUGUCUCUUUCCUCGCCCUUCCACUCUCAUCUUGAUCUUACUACUUGUUACUACUACAAAACUUUUCAAUUUCCAUCACAAGUCACAAAUACAACAACAGAGCUUCUGGUACCUUCCUUCAUUCUACUAUUUUGUAUUGUUGUUGUUGUUCUUGUCCAUUCAUUUUAUUCUACGAAAUGGCAAUGCUAACUGCUACUACUUCCAUUGUCACAAAUCUCCGUCCUCUAUCACCAAUUUCAUUUAAUAAUUCGCGCCAAAUUUCUUCUCUCGGAACAAGUACAACUCGCCUCCACCUCAAAUGUCACGCCACAAAGGAAGACUCACCUCAAUCCAUAGAAUCCACGAGACCAAAAAGUGAAACAAUCUUACACUCUUUCUCUCCAUUGCCAUUACUUUACGCCGCUGCUCUCUUACCCGGAGACGGAGCUGUGAGAUCUGCGUUUGCGCCUUUCGUUGAGAUAGUCAAGUCACUGAAUCUGCCUGACUGGCUCGUACAUUGGGGUCACCCUGCCAACAUGGCAGUGGUGCUGUUUGCUAUGGGUGGUUACGGUACCUAUCUGGGUUUUCGCAUUCGAUUUUCCGAUGAUGUGGAGGAAAAGGCCAAGGCCAAGGACUUGCAUCCUAAGCUGUUAGCUGGUAUGUUUUUCUUCUUUGCUCUUGGAGCUACCGGUGGAGUAACAUCUCUACUCACAACAGAUAAACCCAUUUUUGACAGUCCUCACGCUGUUACAGGCGUUAUUGGCCUUGCUUUGUUGACAAUACAGACUAUAUUACCUUCACUGUUUGAGGGAAAUCCUGGAUUAAGGAAUGUUCAUGGCAUCUUGGGUAGCAGUAUCAUGACACUUUUUCUUGUCCAUGCUGCCCUUGGACUUCAAUUGGGCCUUAGUUCCUAAUUACAGCUUCAAUUGACGAGAUUGGUUGCUGAUUCACACUAUUUAGAGGGGGUAAAAUGGCUAUAAUUUUACUACAGCUUUUUCACAUAGAAACAGGAGUGAGAACCUCAGAUUCUAGUACAGUUAAUUUACAAUUGCUGGUUGACUUGGUGCUUGUUUGGACGUGUCUUCUGCAUGUCAUUCUAUCAUCGAUAUGAAAAUUCCCCGUAAUUUGUCAAAGGACUAUUUGUAGCGUUGAUACCGCGUAAUCAAAGACAAAAUUAGAUUUCAAUUACAGUUUUUGAACCGUGAACGCAACUAUAUAUACAGAGUUAUCUUUACAAGUUAUUAAAUGGCAAAAACGGCAGGUCGUUUUAUUUA